AUGGAGGGCCUUCACACCCUCAUCCCAUGUCUGGCCUCCUUCGUGGCGUUUCUCCUGGGCAUAUUGUGUCUCUUGUCGGGAACACAGCGCCAAUGUUUACCGAAAGCUGACCUUCUGACGCUCCAUCUGGAUGCAAUGGUGCCUCCCAUACCCGGAGCCCCGGACUUCUUCUCUGUCUACGUGAUGUCCUACUGCGAAGGAGUAACAGGGAAUCGCACCCAGAACGGGACGAGUGAGACCAAUGUAGUGACAACCAUUCGAAGCUGUUCCGACCAGUCUGUCUUUUUCUCAUUCAACCCAACGGCUGCCCUCGAGGCAGUGACCGGUAACCCGCCAUCAAGCUGGCCGUCGUAUAUCAGUGACGACUUCCAGGCGCUAGCUCCUACCAACCGUACCAUGGCGUUCUUUUAUGUCAUUGGCGCCGGUGCCGCCGGACUGGUGCUUCUCAUCAAGUUAUUCUCCAUCUGGAGCUCGCGCACGACGGACCCGGGGGCUGAGAAACCACCGUCAUCUUUGCUCUUCCUGGUUCAACUGACUAGCGCGUUGAGUUUAUUCAUUUCCUCCAUCCUGGGAAGUGCAAUAUCGUCCGAGUUUGUGCAUUUGAUUAACAAGUCCGGAGCACUGACCGGUAUCUAUGCGGAUCAUGGGAGUGCAUUUUUGGGCAUGUCGUGGACGGCGGUGGUGCUGCAGACAAUCGGAACCGUGGGCCAUCUGGUGCUGCUACUCAUGUAUAACCCAAAGCAUUGUUCUUCUGACUUGGAUGAGCCGGAGAAGCCUCUGGUGGCCGAUGAGCCUUGA